AUAAUGACCAGGACAUGCCUUUAAAUAAGCAAAUGACAUUUAAAAUUACAAAUAUUUUAGUAAACAUAACAAUACUCAUGGAGGAGGCAAGAAAAAAGAAGUAGAAAAUUUAAAUUAAAAUUGAGCAAAGAGUAGAACUUGGGAGCAGGGAGAUGACAAGGGAUAUGAGGAGUGGAGGUAGGGUGGGUGAAUAAGAGCUGAGGGAGAAAGUUCUUUGUGGGUAGGUGGAAAAGUGGUAGAACUUGGACCAUUGACUCAAAAGGUGAGUAAUAGCUCUAGGAAGACAUAUAGAAAGUAGUCUGAAGCCCAGGUUGGCACAUAAGCACGAGCUGUUAGGCAACAGCAGUGACACUCCCUAAAGAAAGACUGAAAUGCCCAGAACAGGACAGACCAGCUCCAGCAUACUCAACUGUUCUGGUCCUGUCUGCCAGUAUUCUGGCUACUGCAAAGUCAGCUUCAAAGAGAACCCCACGAAAUGGGUGAGUGAUGAAAAGGUGAAGUUAAGUGGCACUGAAUUCCAAGAGACCACAAUGUACAAGGAUCUCCAGGACAGAAUCUCCAGCAUCCAGGAGGAGCUUCUGCAGGUAUCUGGACCACUCACAGGCAAAUGGCCCCCCAAUCCCUGGCCAUCCCACACUUCCUAUUGGUUGCAUUAGGGCAACCGAUCAACUGGAACAGCAGCCUGCAAGGCCUGGCUCCACAGCUCUGUAGCUGCUCUUGCCCAGUCCUUAAUCCACAGAGGUUGAUACCUGAAGUUUGGGCUUUUCCUUUGUAAUGUACUUUUAUUGAAAGAGUCUCAGUGGGACAGCUGGGAGGAGGUAGAACCUGGGUGGGGGGUGUAGGAAGGUGCCGGGGGUGAGGAGGACAGGCACCUGGAUAGCAAAUUUCGAAUUGAGAGAAAAGUGGGCAAACAGAGAGGUGGUGCACUGGUUAUCAAGCUGCUUUACAUGCCAGACAGGCACAGGGACUCUGAGACCUGUUAGGGUCCUCAAAUGGGAGACAGGAAGGGCCUUAGAUUUAAUGACUCUUCUUUUGUCCAAAAGCUAGACUGUGGCCUAAGCAAUUAAAAGCGUCCAAUCUCUCUCUUUGUUUUAAUGGUUUUAAAUGCACUCCAAGAGAGCCUUGCCUCGCAUAUUUUUUAAUUGGGUCUUAUAGGGUGUUGAGGGACAAGAGUUGUAAGAGAAAGAUGCCUGGAUCAUUAGAGGAGAAAUUGGAGAAGACCAGAGACAAGGGAAUCUACCCCUUCAGACCACUAUAGCUGAAGAUCUGAUUAAUGUUUUCAACAUUUGAAGCUGCAAUGGAUUUUAAAAGUGAAAUUUCAGAGUUGAGCAUAGUUCAAUACCAGAAUGGUAUUUAAACUUUACCAAGUCACAGGGUAGUCAUAAAGAUAAAUUGCAAGUUAAGUUAGAAUUAGCAAGGGCAGCUUUCAAAAGCUAUAGAGGCCACUCUAGUCAGUCUAAUAGGUCGCAUUAAAUUCUGAAAAGCCAAGGUAAAUUACUAAUUAUUGUUUUACAUUUGAUGUAGAGGAAACAGGUUUUGAAUAGGCAAUGUGUGAAUCCAAAAUUACAUCUUGUAAGUGCAUUGGUGGUAUCGUGGUGCACAUGGCUGCCUUCCAAAAUUACAUCUUGUAGACUAUAUGCAUAACCUAUAUUAAAUCACUAAAUGACCCCAUUUAAAGUCAUCAUGUACAGCAAACACUUGCUUCCUUUUUAUAGGAUUCACAGCGUGAUUUCAGAGUUAUUUACUUUUCCUACAUUGUUGGUCAGAGUUUGUUUAUUUUAUUAUAAAAUAGGGAAAAAUAAAACUGAGUUUAGGAAAAUUACUAAUGCAAACCAAGGAAGAGUAGAUUGUAGUAUAAUUUGUGUUUAAUUUUCACUUUUUCUGAAUAAAUUAGUGAAAAUGCUCAUUAAAAAUCUUUGAAAACUGUAGAUGAAUUUAACAAGAAAAAUGGAAAGCACACAGAGAAAAUCAAUGUUAAAUAUCUGGCAUUGGGGUGGAUGUAGAUAUAGAUGUACAGUUAUAUGUGAAUAGAGACUUAAAUAUGUGAGUCUUUCUAUUGGAAAAUUUGUGAUUAUGAAAGAAAUUUCCUUAGUGUUAUCUAGUCCAUAACGCAGUUGGAAGUUAUCAGUCAAAAUAGCGUUAGAGAAAGUCAAAAGUGCCAUGACGCAAGCGUCUUGAUUGUUACGGAAAGAGUCCACAGACAGGAGAGUGAAGUUAGCAGAUCCUUAAUAAUACUGUAGUACUUCAAGGUGCCCAACUCUAAGUAAGCUAAAUUGUUUAGAUGUUAGGAUACUUGCUGAUUCUCUUUGGUGUUUAAUUACAUUGAGGCAAUGGUUACAAUGCGAUCCAGGCAAAAUUCUGUAAUUUUUCUAAUCCUCUUUGACAUGAAUGUUUUUCCUCACCUUUCACCCCUCCUUUUUGACUUCACAGAGAUGAUGUCAUCCACCACUAAUAAAGAUGCAGGGACCUUAGAUAUGAUGUUGGGAUUCAUUCCUAAUUUGUCACAGGAGCUGAAGGCAAUUCUGUCUGAGGGGUAGCUGUCACUGAGAAAGAAAGAACUAGCGAGGAAAUGGAUUCAAGUCUACCAUUUUAGAAUUUACAGAACAUUUACCUAAAUGCCAGAUCCCGGGGUACAAUGGAAAGCAAGAACAGACGCAGGCCCUUGCCUUCAUGAAGCGGGGGUCUCAGGAAAGAGGUUACACGCCCACAGAUGGAAACAGGUCGAUUAACACCGUGAAAGAGAUGACAGGGGGUUUCUGUGAGGGAGACGAAGCUUCAUUAACAACCUGGCAAACAAGAACGAGAAACGCAUUCCAGGUGGAGGGAGCAACACUUUUUAACCUACGUCAUCAGGAGCCAGGGCCUGCUACCUUCCACCACCUGAGACCCCUGAGCUGGCGGGAAAGCCUUGACGCAGCCGGCGCGCGCCUUCCCUUGAAGUUCUGGCGACGCCCCCACGCGCUCGGAAUUCCAUAGUGUUUGUGCGCGCCGCUCGGCCUGGCGCAGGCGCAGACAGGGAGCAGGGUCCGGCCGACCGCCAUUGCACAACGCGGAGGACUAGCCUGGGGUCACAGGGAUGCCGCGGCUCCUCCGCUUGUGCCUGCUGUGGCUUGGACUCCUGCUGGUUCGGUUUUCUCGUGAACUGAGCGACAUCAGCAGUGCCAGGAAGCUGUGCGGCAGGUACUUGGUGAAAGAAAUAGAAAAACUCUGCGGCCAUGUCAACUGGAGCCAGUUCCGUUUCGAGGAGGAAACCCCUUUCUCACGGUUGAUUGCACAGGCCUCGGAGAAGGUCGAAGCCUACAGCCCAUACCAGUUCGAAAGCCCGCAAACCGCUUUCCCGGCCCGGGGAAGAGGCACAAACCCAGCCCUGGUAACCUCCAGGCAGCUGAAGACUAAGAAGCCAGAGCCCUUGGUUUUGCGGGGCUGCGUCAUGCUGUGCCAAGUGUCCGGGAGCUGCACCUCGUUGUACAGCCACUGCACCAAGAUGUCCUUGGGCCAGAAGUUCUGGAUCAGGCAGGAUGACCUGAGCCACAGACUUCCCAGUGACCUGGGACCAAGUCAGCUUCACGUUCUCCUUGCUGGGUGCCAGGUCCACCACCAGACAGGUGAUUGUGGGCAACUUGCGGAUGAACAGGUAGAAGGGGCUGGACCGGCUCAGGUAGGUGCUCACCCCUUGCGGGUUAGAAUCUGCACACUUCUUGGCACUGUCCUCAAAGGUGUUACCUUGAUAGGUGACCUGGCAGGUGUAGGUGUGGUCGGGCAGCCAGCGCUUCUGGGUGAGGGUGAGCUUGCUUUGUGUGGAGGCCAGCUCAUCCUCCAGCAUGGGAGAGGCGAUGGACCAGUUCACAUCCACGACCUGCCCAUCCUCCAGCCAGGUGAUGCUGAUGGCACCUGGGUGUACCCGGAGAUGAGGCACAGGAACUGGAUGGUCAGGGGUAAGUGUCCGCUGCCAUCACAGGAGGACUGUAAGAUCUUCACGGUGGGGAGGGUGAAGUCCCUGGAGUAGACGCUGAAGGUACUGACCUGGUCUUCGGACCACAGAGUGUGUGCCACGCUGCAGGUGAGCGUUUGGCCCACGCACCCGAGGCAGUCAGCUGGCUGGUGAUGGCGUAAUGGCCAGAGGGCGUGAGGGUGGUGGCUGGGAAGGUCACAGCGCUCCUGUUGAGGGAGCCUGUGUCCUAGGUCACAGUCACUGACUUCAGGAAGUAGCCUGUGGCCAGGCAGCCCAGGUUCAUGGAGGUGGCAUCGGAGGCAAUGUCUUUGCAGCAGGGGAUCAAGGGGAUGAUGGAUGGGCCCUGUGUGGAGGCGGGACAGUCAAGAUCAGCUGAGACCAGCCCACCAGGGGAGUCACCCUCUGAAGUCUACUCUAGGCCAGUCUGAUCCAGCCUGGCCAAGGUCAGUCCAGGUUUUUUGUUUUGUUUUUUUUUUUUAAUAACUGAUGUUCUUUUUAUUUUCCUUUAAAAAAAUUACGCUUAGGCACAAUUUGCUGCUGGCUUUUGAAGAAUAAGCCAAGUUUCCACAGCAUCUCCCUCAAGUGAUAUGUUAGGAUUUCUCCACAUUUUAUAGUUAAGGCAUUUUUUUCUUUUCUGACAAAGUGUAUGUUUUGUUGCUUGCAUUCAGGCUUUGUUUACUG